AUGACGAAUCAAUACCAAGACGUGCCGAGCGCCGAGCGAGCCGCCGCCGACGCGGCGACGAGCAGCUCGCUCAAACAGCUUCGCGACACCGUCUCGCUCGCCGCGCUCAUCUUCGGCAACAUCAUCAUCACCAUCUCGACGCUCGCGUUUCCCAUCAUCGUCAUCAUCAUCGGCUACACGAAUCGCGAUCGAUGCGACGCCGAGCCGAUGAUACCGGUGUGGCUCAUCGUGUUCGGCGCGCUCAUGCUCGUCACCAGCGCCUCCCUCAAAAUUCUCGGCAAAUUGCAUCCUGCGGAGCACGACACUCCCGACGAGGCCGAGGCUCGUCGCAAUCGCUGGGUCGCUCACAUUCCCAACGCCUUCGUCGGACCCUAUCUCGCCGUCGCCGCCAUUCUCUUCGUCAAAUUCAUUUGGAUCGCCGUCGGCUGCUUCUGGAUGAUCGGCACGUUCGGCUCGCCGCUCGACUGCCACUGGACGGCCUAUUGGCUCGCGUUCGCGUUCGCGUUCGUCGCCGGCGGCGCCUGUCUGCUCUUCAUCCUCACCGUGUGCGUCGCGUUCGGCUGUUGCAUUGUGCGCGAGGUGCGCAUUCGCAAAAAUUUGCACUAA